CCGGAUAUUAGGCGAGCCGGGCCCCUGGGUUGCCAGCUCCGCGGACGAGUCACUCACUUCCCCCUACCACUCGAUCCGGCGCCAGCUUGUGUGCCUUCUCUUUUGUUCCCUGUCCCCUUCCAUUCUCCUUUCCCGCAUAUUGGCCAGGGGCACCUUUCCCUUUCUCCUCCGGGGCACACCCUCUUUCCAUCGCCACAGCCAUGUCGAUGGGCUUUGCCGGCCCGCCGGUGGCCGUGUCAGCCUCCUCGGCUGACAUCGGUGUCGAGGACAUGAUCCACCUGCCUGUCUUGUCGGAGGCGUCCAUCUUGGAGAAUCUGCGCGAGCGCUUCGUCCGGGGCUUUAUCUAUACCUACACCGGGUCCAUCCUGGUGGCCGCCAACCCGUACAAGUGGCUGCCCAUCUACGAGGAGCCGGUCAUCCGCGAGUACCAGGCCGGCGAGCAGUCGAAGCUGCCGCCGCACAUCUUUGCCAUCGCGCAGGCCACCUACCGCGGUCUGUGCCAGGGGCUGCUUGACGGCGCCAAUGCCAACCAGGCGGUGGUCAUCUCCGGCGAGUCGGGCGCCGGCAAGACCGAGUCGACCAAGCUCAUCCUCCGCUAUCUCACGGCGGUGACGUCCAAUGACGACUGGGUGGAGCAGCAAAUCAUGGAGGCCAACACCGUGCUGGAGUCCUUCGGCAAUGCCAAGACCGUGCGCAACAACAACUCCUCGCGCUUCGGCAAGUUCAUCCAGGUGCACUUCGACCGGGCGGCGCGAAUUGUCGGCGCGUCGGUGGACAAUUAUCUGCUGGAGAAGUCGCGCGUGGUGCUGCAGUCGGCGGACGAGCGGUCGUACCACAUCUUCUACGAGCUGUGCGCCGGUGCCUCGGAUGAGGAGCGCGCGGAGCUGCACAUCGGCCAGGCCGAGGAGUAUCGCUACCUGUCGCAGUCCGGGUGCACCACCAUCGAGGGGCAUGACGAUGCGCGUGGGCUGGAGGCCCUGCGCAUUGCCCUCAUGGUCUUGGGGAUGGAGCCGGACACGAUCCGGGCCGUGUUUGCGGUGCUGUCGGCCAUCUUGCACUUGGGCAAUGUGGAGUUCGGCGAGCCGGAGGGCGGCACCUCGGCCGUCGGUGCCGAGGGGUCGGUGAUCCUCAACAUGCCGGUGGUGGCCCUGGUGGCCGGGCUGCUGGGCGUGGAGGCCGAGUCGCUGGCGGAGUCGCUGCUCUUCCGGUCGAUCAUUGUGCGCGGCGAGCAGAGCAAGAUCCCCCUGCGCGGGGACCAGCCGCAGGUCAGUCGCGAUGCCGUGUCCAAGGCCCUGUACAGCCGGCUGUUUGACUGGCUGACGGCCUACAUCAACCGGUCCAUUUCGCCGGGGGCCCGGCAGGCGGCGGCGGCGGCGGCGGCGUCGGCGGCCGGCUCGAUGCCGACCGCCGUCGGCGGCCGCGGCCUGUCGGUGGACACCCAAGCCGCCGGGGGCCCCGGCGAGGCGGGGGCCCCGGCCGCCGACACGCACUUCAUCGGUGUGUUGGACAUCUUCGGGUUCGAGCACUUCACGCGGAAUUCCUUCGAGCAAUUUUGCAUCAACCUGGCCAAUGAGAAGCUGCAUGGGUUCUUCACGGAUUACAUCUUCCGUCUGGAGCAGGCGGAAUACUCGCAGGAGGGUGUGGUCUGGUCGCAGAUCGACUUCGUGGACAAUGCCCAGUGCAUUGAUCUGUUUGAAAGCCGGCCGGCCGGCCUGUUGGCCCUGCUGGAUGAGGAGUCGCGCUUCCCCCGGGCCACGGAUGCCACGCUGCUGGACAAGUGGAAUGCGGCCCAUGGCGGCCCGACCGGGACCCUGUCCCGGGCGUCGAUGAUGGUGGGCAGCGGCCCGGGCGGCCCGAACCUCGGGCACAUGCACUAUGUCCGGGCGCGGCUGUCGGCCACGGAGUUCGGCAUUGCCCAUUAUGCCGGCGUGGUGACGUACGACAUCGAGGGGUUCUUGGACAAGAACAAGGACGAGGUGUCGGAGAUGGUUUUCGACGUGCUGGCUGCCAGCCGGGUGCCCCUGGUGCGGGACUUGGCUGCCGGCACCCCGGCCGAGCCGGUGUCCUCGGCCCAGGCUCCUCCGACCCCGAGCACGCCGAUGGCCGGCCAGGCGCCCACGGCCCGUCGCCGCAAUACCAUCGCCUCGCACUUCAAGAUGCAACUCAGCUCGCUGGUUGCCACGCUGGCCAACACCUCCGCGCACUAUGUCCGGUGCCUGAAGCCGAACCACGAGAAGUCGGCGCUGCUUUUCGAUGCGGAGCUGGUUGAGGCCCAGCUCCGGUACUCCGGCAUGCUGGAGACCAUCCGCAUCCGUAAGGCCGGGUUCCCGCUGCGGCUGGACUUCGAGACCUUCUGCCGGCGCAUGUGGGCUCUGAUGCCGACGAAGCCCGCCUCGCCGGAGGCCGCGCGGGAUGUGGCCCUGGCCAUCAUCGAGUCCUUCGGGCCGCGACUGGCGAAUGGCCAGCCCGACAUGGAUCAGAUCCAGCUGGGCCUGACGAAGGUCUUCUUCCGCCAUGCAUCGUAUGACACGUUUGCCAGCCAGGCCGAGAGUGCGGAGCGCCGGGCUGCUGCUCGGGUCACCGCCGCGGUGGCCAUGUUCUACCACCGGACGCGGUACCUCCGCGUGGUGGCGGCCGAGCGCGUCAUCAAGGGCAACAUGCGGGUGCAUCUGGCCCGGGUUCGGUUCCUGCGCGCGCGUGCGGCUGCCAUCGUGCUUCAGAGCCACUUCCGGGGGCUGCUCGGCCGCCGGCGCGUGGUGGCCAUCCGCGUGGCGCUGGCCGAGGCGGAGCGCCUGCGCCUGGAGGAGGAGGAGCGCCGCCGUCAGGAGGAGCUUCGCCGUCAGGAGGAGGAGCGUGCUCGUGCGCUGGCCGAGGCCGCCGAGGCCGAGCGCAUCCGCCUGGAGGAGGAGGCCCUGGCCGAGGCUGCUGCCGAGGCCGAGCGCAUUCGUCUGGCCGAGGAGCGCGAGGCGCAGGAGGCCGCCGAGGCCGCGGCCGCCGAGGCCCGCCGCCAGGCUGAGAUUGACGAAAUCCGCGAGAGUGCGCGUGUGAUUGAGCUGGCCCGUCAGGCGACCCAGACUCAGGCCGAAGCGCAGGCCGCCGAGCGCCUGGAGAAGGAGCAGGCCUCCUCGCGCCUGGAGCGCCAGCAGAGCCUGCUGGACCUGGGCGACAUCGACUUCGACAUCGACUUCGAUAUUGACUUCAAUGUGAACGUCAGCCAGCCGGACCUGCCGGCGGCGGUGGCGGCGGCCGAGGCGACCACCGCGCCGGUGACGCCGGGCGCCUUCUCGGACAUCGACCUGGGCGACUUGAUUGCCCUCGCCAACCUGGACGUCACGUCGGUGAAGUAUGCCUCAUCGGAUGAUGUGUCGCGGACGCUGCCGAAGCCGGGGCAGUUCACCCCGGCUCCGGCGGCGGAGGAGAAGGCCCCAGGCGAGGAUAUCCUGUCCGAUCUGCAGGGUGCCUUCGACGAGCUGUUCUCCUUCAUGAACACCAUCGACGGUGUGAGUGCCACGCCGGCGGCGGCUGCCGGCGAAGACGCUCCGGCGGCGACGGCGGCGGCGGCUCCUGCGGCCGUCGCCACUGCCACGGCCGAGGCCGGCACGAAGGUUGUCUCGCCGUUGGAGGCGGCGGUGUCGUCGCUGGCGCCGGUGGCCCCGGCCCCGGCGGCUGCUCCGGCGGCUGCUCCGGCCGCCCCGGCUCCUCCUCCUCGCGCGAAGUUUGCCCCGCUGGAGGAUUUGCAGGCGGCGCAUGAGAAGCGCCGGCAGGCGCUGUUCAGCUCGGCCGGCACCGACUCCUCGUAUGCCUUCGAUGGGUCGGCGUUGGAGUCCUUCCUGAAGAGCCGGGCCCUGGCGGGCGUGCUGCCGGCGGGUGCCCUCUUCCCGGGGGAUGCCGGGUCCGUGGGGUCGCUGGCGGCGGCCGGCAUCCAGGUGACCGAGGCGGACUUGGCAGCCAGCCGGGCCGCCAUCGGGGCCGGGGCCGCCGGCUUUGUCUUCGGCCUGGAGCCAUUGGUCCAGCCGCUGUUGCUGUCGACGGUUGGGCUGGCGGACCAGCCGGCCGGUGAUGCCAUCGGGUCGGAGCUGCUGACCGAGCGCCAGCAGAUGUGCGGUCUGAUGGCGGUGCGGCUGUACCGCCGGGUGUUGGACCUGGCGUCCGGCGUGGCGGCGGGGGUGGUGGCCCUUGUGCGGUCCGCCCCGCCGGGGGCGCCCCCGCGCAGCGUGGACACGGUGCUCGACAAGCCCACGCACAUGGAGGAGACCGCGCAGCUGCUGGGGCUGGUGUGUGGGUCCGGGACCGGGGUUGCCCGGUUCCCGGAGCUGCGCGACGAGCUGGUGGCCCAGCUGGUCCGGCUGACGCGCGUGUCCGGCAAUGUUGGCGGGGAGAAUGCGGCCCUUUCGGCCGCCUGGCUGGCGGAGGGGCUGUCGCGCGCGGGCCAGGCCCCGGCGUCGGCCGAUCAGGCGUCCGACCUGGCCGGGCUCUUCCUGCUGGCCGGGCAGGUGCAGCUGUGGCGUCUGCUGCUCGGUGCGCUGGCGAGCUUUGCCCCGGGGAAGUCCCUUUCGCGGGUGGUGUCGUCGCAUUGCCGGGCCAUCUUCGCCGAGCACGCCAAGCGGGGCUCCCUGCUGGAGGCUUCGGCCGGGGACCCGGAUGCCAAGACCCCUCGGGGGUUGGCCCUGCGUGCGCUGCAUCGGGCCUUGUCGCUGUUGGCUUCCAGCUGCUUGGUGGCGCUGACGGCGCAUUCGCUGCGGGGCGGCCGUGCGGCUCCGCCGGCCAGCGCCGAGCUGAAGGCCCUCUUCCAUGGGCAGCCCUCCAUGGGCCGUGUGCACAUGCCGGAUGGGUCCGGUGUCAAGGCCUUCACAUAUCACCCGUGGACGCUGGUGGGUGAUGCGCUGCGAGCGGUGCUGACGCGUGCCGGGCUGGAGGCCACGCAAUCGGCGGCCGAGGGCGCCUGGAGCCUGGCCCUGGUGGCGGAUGUGGAGCCGGCCGAGGCCGAUCGCCUGGCCCUGGAGGCGGCCGUGACGUCGGGGGCCCUGUUGGCGGCGACGGCGGCGGCCGAUGCCGGGGCCUCCGGCCACCAUCACAGCAGCCAGCCGAUGUCGCCGAUGUCGCCCGGUGGCAUGGACACCGGGUCGACGACGUACCGCCUGCUGGCCAGCCAGCCGCAGGCCUUCCUCUCGACCUUGGGCUAUGUGGCCGAUGUGCGGGAGAUGCUGCCGGGCGGGAUGUCGCCAUCGGCGUUCAUCGCGCCCCGCGGCCCGGUCGACCCGAAGGCCACCUCCAAGGGGACGAUGAUGGCGGCCGGGGGGAUGGCCCUGCCGGGGGGCUGUCGGCUGGAGCUUCGGCUGCGGCACUUCCGCGCGCCGUAUGCCAUUCCCGAGGACCCGGUGGUGUUGCAGCUGCUCUUCUCGCACCUGCAGCGGGCCCUGGUGUCCGGGGAGCUGGCGGUGCCCUACCAUUCGACCUUGGUGCGCCUGGUGGCCUUCGCUCGUCAGGCGGAUGUCCUGGGCACCGGUGGCUCCGGUGUCGUUGGCUCGGCCGGCGACGGCGCGUCGGCUGGCGGGUCGCUGGUCGGCGGUGCCGAGUGGCAUGACAAGGUGGAGCUCCAGUGUCUGGAGACCCUGAUCCCCGGGCAUCUGCUGGAUGUGGCGCCGAGCUUGACCGGAGCCACGUCGAGCGGCGGCAAGGGGGCCUCCUCCGGAUCGUCCUCCUCCUCCUCCUCCUCCUCCUCGAGCAAGCAGUCUCCCCGGCAGCAGUGGCUUGCCGCGGUUCGGGUGGCGGCCUCGCAUUUGACCGGGACCUCGGCCAUCCGGGCCAAGGUGCUGUUUGUGGAGACGUGUCGCGAGUUGCCGGGCUACGGUGCGCACCAGUACCGGGCGCAGUUCACCGGCGGCGCGUGGCCGUAUGCCGCGUCGCCGGACACCUGGAUCGCCAUCCGGGCCUUGGAUGGCGUGACAUGGCUGCAUGGGCGUACUCGGCUGCCGGUGCGGUCGGCCAUUGCCUGGGGCCGGAUCCGCAAGGUGGUGGUCGACCCGAGUGCGGGCGUGGUGAGCUUCCACCUGCGCGGACCGGCCGAGGCCGGGUCCGAGGCCGGUGGGGUGCCGGCCACGCCGGACACCCCGGGCCUGCCGACCCCCGGCGGAGCUGGCGCCGCGUCGUCCAACAUCGAGCUGUCGCAGGCGGACUUCGUGUGCCCGGCCUACGAGCAGCUGGUGGCUUCGCUGAAGCAGCUGGCUCCGGAGGGCAUCUUCAUCGAAGUGGAGUAUCUGGAUGCUGAUGGCGAGGCCGUGGUGUCUGGGACAGGUGCCACCCCAGCCGGUGCGACUGGCGGUCCGGCCGGCGCUGGCGCCUCCCUGUCGGAGUCUCUGCAUGCGGAGUUGCAGUCGGCCCGCCGGCGUCUGGAAUCGUCCGGGGUGCUGCGAGUCCCCGGGCCCGCGCACCAGGCUGGCCUGGCCCCGACGCAGGCCGUCACCGACUUCAAGGCCACUUGCGCCGGGCUGAACAUCAGCCUGGAGGAGGGUCUGGGCUUGAAGGCGUCCGGCGCGGUGCUGGCAGCCCGCCAGGCGGCCGCCUCGGCCGUCACCUCCAUGUCCUCGCAGGAUGGGGCUGACGGUGAUUCCGGUCGGUCGUCGCUGCUUGGGCGGUUCAAGGGCCGGCGCAAGGCGGCCCCGCCGCCGGCGCUGAGCAUCAACACCGGCGUCGGUGGCGGGUCCUCGGGAAGUGGCUUCCCGGGGCUGGCGACGCCGGUCGGCGGCGCGUACUCCGUGGCGGACUGGCGCUUUGGCCGGUACCGGACGAAUGCGCCGCUGCUGGCAUUGCCGCCGGGCUUCGGCCGGCUGGCCGAGGUGGCGGACUUGUCGCUGCGCGUGCAGGCCGGUGUCCUGCUGUAUGUCGGGCUGAUGACGGUGUCGGACCCGGCGCUGGGCUUCCUGUCGGGAGUGGUGGCCGCCAGCAGCAGCCAUGGCUCGAGCGGUGGUGGCGGUGCCGGCGGCUCGGGCAGCGGUGCCGGCGGCUCGGGCAACCACUCGUCCGGUGCCGGUGGCUCGUCUGCCGGUGCCGGCGGCAAGGGCGGUGCGGCUGCACUGACGGCAGCCGCCCUGGAGGAGGAUGGCGUGGCCCACUCGCUCCUGGUGCAGGACAUCCUGCGCGUGGCCAUUGACAGCCCGCCGGUGCGGGAUGAGCUGUACCUGCUGCUGGUGCGGCUGACCUCGCCGGCGGUGCAUGAGCCGGCCACCACACAGGCCCAGGCCCAGUCGGAUGCCGGGCGUCUGAUGGCCGCCUGGCGUCUGCUGUCCACGGUGGCCUGGGUGUGCCCUCCGAACACGACCGAGGUCUUGGGGCUGGUGAAGGCCCACUUGGCCUUCUUCGCGCACUCGGCCGCUUUUGAUGUGCUUCUGGCCCUGGAGGAGGCCACGGCCGGGCAGGGGGUCGAUGCGGGGUCCUCCGGGUCCGGUGCUUCGGGCCUGCCGGCGGCGCUCCUCUCCCCGGGGGCGGCCUCCUCCGGGGGUGGGGGCUCGUCGGCGGUGGUGGCCGACGGUCGCAAGUCGUCCUCCAGCAAGCGCCAUGGCGGCAAGCGCGCCCUGACCUCGGCCCUGCGGAGCCUGGAUCGCGAGGAGGUGUCGGCCUUUGCGCGGUUCUGCCAGCGCGGCGUGGCGGCCCUGGUGCCGGGUGGCGCCGGGCUGCCGACAUGCAGCGCGGCCUACCAGCUGGCCGGCAAGUCGGCCCCGGCCCCGGCGCCGGUGGCUCGCGUCCAUCCGCCCAGCGCCACGGAGAUCGCCUGCUCGGGCGGUCGCCGGGGCAUGUUCGCGCGCAUCGAAUUCCCCGAUGGCCAGUCUCGUGCGUUGGUGUUCGAGCCGACGGCCACCGCGUCGGAGGUCCUGGAGCAGGCCCUGUCGCGCAUUGGCAUCUCCUUCGAGGAGUCGCUGGUGCCGGCGGCCGCGCCGGGGGAGGACAGCGUGGCGGAUGCCGGGGCUGCCGGGCUCCGGCAUUCGGCAUACGCCCUGUACGAGGUGUUCCCCGGUGAGGGGGUCGACCGGGCGGUGGAUCCGGCGGUGGUCUUCGCCGAUGUGGUGUACCACUGGUCCAAGGCCUCGCGGCGGGCGGCUGCCGAGGGGGCUGUCGGUGGGGCGGCCGGCGGUGGCCCGGCGGCCGGCGGGCCGGCCAGCCAGCGGCGCUUGACGUCGGCCGUGGCCAAGGUGGCACAGGGUGCCGGCGCGACCGCCGCGCCGAAGGCCGUGCGCUUUGUGGUUCGCCGGCGGCUGUACCCGCGCGGGCUGCUGCAGGCGGCCUGCGAGGCAUCGACCCCGGUGUCGGCCGUGGAGCGGGAGAUCCUGGUGCACCAGCUGUCGGCGGACAUCCGCCAAGAUCGGUUCCCGAUUACCGGCGGGUCGGAUGAGCUGGCCGAUGCCCUGACGGCGGCGGCCAUCCGGUCGCAAAUUGAUGCCGGGACGCCGGGCGAGUAUCCGGCCGAUGGGCAGCUCUAUGCGACGGCCCUGCGGCGGUAUGUGCCGAAGCAUUUGCAGUCGCGCGCGGAGCCGGGCCGCAUUGCGGCCCUGCACCAGGGCCUGGCCGGGGUGUCGCGCGAGGCGGCCGUCAGCCGGUACCUGUCCCAUGCGCUGGAUUGCUGGUCGCUGGCCGGAGCCACGGUCUUCCCGGUGUUGCAGUCGUACACCACCUCGCUGCCGACGCACUUGUGGAUUGCGCUGCACCAUUCCGGCAUCUACCUGGGUGCCCGGCGCUCGCGGACCAGCCUCGUCACCAUUCGCUACUCGGCGGUCAAGGCGUGCGCCCCGGCCAGCAAGCACAUCCUGCUGGUCGCCGGGGAGUGCGACUUUGGCAACAAGUUCGCCCCGCCGCCGCCGAUGGCCGGUGGCGCGGCCGCUCCUGCUGCUGCUGCGCCCUCUGCCGCCUCCUCGGCGUCGAGCAAGUUCGUCUUCAACACCGAGGAUGGGGCCAUCAUCGCGGGGCUCAUUCGGGACUAUGCGGCCGGCUGGAAUGUGGCCUUGCGCCAGGAGAAUGAGUCGGCCGCCGUCGGCCUGGGGAGCCUGCGCGCUCGCCAUGCCUCGGUGGCCUCGCUGUCGGGCGGCUUCUAA